AUGGCUGAGCAUUUAGAGAGUUGCGAGAUGUGGUGCUGUUGGCACUGUAAUAAGGGUAAUAUCCCUUUGGCCGAAAAAGAAGAACACAAGCAGACUUGCUCCCGGUAUAAAUGCAAGCAUUGCUUCAGAAUUUUUGCUAUCGGACAGAAAUCAGAACAUCAAAGCAACUGUCAAUUUCGCCCUAACAAAAUGACCAAAGAUGAGAAGGUAGAACAUCUUCGAACCUGUGAUUAUCGGCCUUGCCGCCACUGCCGCAAGAUAAUCCCAGUCAACGCACGGGAGGCUCACGAAGAACACUAUGAAAAGUGGAAAUGUAUCCGCCAUUGCGGCAUAACAACACCACUAAGCGAGAGACAUGCUCAUGCUGCAGUAUUCCUUGAAGAAUACUUUCGCCGCGCUGUUGACCAGUCAACCACUGUCAAGAUUGAUUCAUAUUUUAAGCCAAUUUCGCCACAGGCUGUGGAGUCUCAGGUUCAGCAACUCAAUAUCAGUGAGCGUGAUGAUGAGGAGGAGAUGUGGAUUCGUUUGUUUUACGAGGAGAUGUCCAUGUGUAUGACGGAUGAUGAGCUAAGCGAGGAGGACGAGACGUCUGACACGGAGGACAUGUCUGACAGGGAAAAGGAUUCCUAA